AUGUCAGCAUCUAAUACUCCAAAUCGUAUACGUCACACACCUAAAACAACUCGUGCCUACGAAUCAAGCGAUGGAGGUACGCCGAGUUCAGCGCGAUUUCGUUCAAAACGUUAUUGCGCGAAUGAAACAAAUGAAAAUUCACCACGACGAAAUAAAUAUCAUCCCUAUUCAGCUCCUGUUCAAUUUGAUGAAAAUGCAAAUGAGCCAUUUCAUGAUGAAAAUCAUCGAACCACAAGUAAACCAUCAACACCUAAUAAUCGCCCAAAUAGACUUCAUGUAAAAAAUGACGAAAAACCUAAAACACCGAAACCUAGUUUUGAAGAAGAACAACAAGAACUACAAAAAUCUUUAUCGAAAGACUGGUGUGAUAAAAUGGAUAAUGAGGAAGCGGAAGAAAAAAAACUACAUAGUUUUGUACUUUAUUUAAAACAAUUUUCUGUUCAUGAAAAUAAAACAACUGAAGAACUUCUUGGAUCUAUUGAAUGUUGCCCAAAAGAACUUGUAAGACGACAAAAAGAAAUCAGUAAAGGAAAAUUAUCGAAAGUAUAUGAAGCAUAUGCAUCGACUAUUCCUCGAAAAUCUCGUACAAGACAACAUCCACGCACUCCAUGCAAAUACGCUAAAAUGUCUCGACGUGGUUUUGAUGGAGCUAUUAAAGCAUGGCGUCGAAAACUUCAUGAAUUUGGCGCAGAAAAAAUAAAGGAAAAUGGUGGUGGUGGUGGAGAUGGUAAUAAUGAUGAUGAUUCAGUAUCAAUAGCGUCAUCUCAGCGUAGUGAUGGUUAUUCAACACCAUCGUCUUCAUCAAUGAGCAUGGAAGAAAUUGAUGAAAAUUUUUUACCCGAUUUAUAUGAUUUUGAAGAAUCACUUACAGUUAAUCCACAUCAAGGCAAAGACAUCGAGCUUAAAUUUGGUUCAGUUAUUGAUUUAGAAGUCGCUGAUUCAAUGGAUACUAUUGUAAACAACGUUGAUUCACGUUCAGCUAUGGCAUUCGAUUAA